CGGCCCUAUCCCCAGCGCUCGUUCUGCUCGAGUUCGUGAGUGGACUCUGCCGGGGAGACAAGUAGUGAUAAGAUCUCGAAUAUUGUCUUAAUAUUGGAGUGGUAUAACUCGAUGGCCAUGAACUGAGAUCACAGGCAAAAAGCAAACAUUUUGGUGAUUUCAACGGCACUGGACUCUUUCUUUUUUUCUUUUCUAAAGAGUUGUAGUUACGAAAUAAACUGUGUAGUUAGAGAGUAAACUGUGUUGAGAGGAAUAAAACUAGGCAGUUCAUUUCAAUUCUAAAACUGUUUUGUAUAGUACAAGGAAGACAAACACCCUUUUAAAGUAUAUAAAACCAAUAUCUAAACUCCGCAUUCGCAAACACCAAGGAUAAAGCUGUGUUGAAUAUAGAACAACAAAAAAAUACAUUCAUACAAAGAAUCACACUCGAUCAUGAAAGACAUAUCAUUUCUCCAUAGUGCAUAAAAAAUACAAACACUAGCGAAAGAAAAAGACGGAGGAAAAUAAAACAUAGAAGAGAUUAUCAGCCUCCCAAACAACCUCCUCUUCUGAGAUGCCCAAACCGGAGGACUUUUCGGAAGUGACGAAGGAACCAGGGACCGAAGGCAGCUGACCGACGUGCCUGAGGAAAAAGAGCCAGCGUCUUGAACGAAGUCUUUCUCAGAGGUUCCCAGGCGAGGUUCGAACGAAAGAAGACGAAGCGGAGAAGGGAGACUGAAUAAUUACACGAAAAAUUCAGAACCUCCAGAACAACAAGACCAAUAACGAGAACAAGAACAAGAACAAGAAUAAAAAAAAAAACAAGAAAUAAAAAAUCAACAACCAGCAACAAAAAAGCAACAACAACAACAAAGGAAGGAAGAAGGAAGCUUAAACAUUCUCCUCCUCCUCCUCCUCCUCCUCCUCCUCCCCCCCUUUUCCUCCCCCCCCCCGUAGAAUUCUCAACGGGCUAAGAAAUGUGCCAAAGUUUUUAGAGCUUGAUAAACUGAGAGUGACGGCUAAUGUCAGCGUGAAACUUGGAAACCUGGAUUAUGUAUAUUGAGCCAAACCUUGACUCUUUCAAAGGAGGGAAAGCAAAUCAGUGAUUGAUGACGGUGAAACGAAAGUGAUAGGGAGCUGAUUUUCUUAAUGGAUUUUGGAAUAUAAAAGGGAGGAGGGAAGUGAGAUAGGAAGAGAGAAAGAAAGAGACGGAAAGAAAGAAGGAUUGAACACUGAAAUUGUAUAACAUGAUAUUCCCUCAUGUUAAAAAGUGAUAUAUAUAUAUGUAUGAAAGUGACACGAUACAUUAUUGACUUGCGAAUCUUUGUGGUUAUAUUAUGAAAUAAAAGAUGCGUUGAAAUAUGCCCGUGAAAGAGAAAGAGAAAAUAAACACGACCUUGCAGUGAAAAAUGGAAUGAAAAUUAAAAGCGAGUGAAUAAAUAAAAAAAGGAAAAAUAAAGAUUAGAUGAAGGUGAAAGAAUCAGAUGGAUUUGUGAGAAGGAAGGAACAAAACACAAAGAAAAUCAAGAAGAAAAGACAUUCAUACUAGUGAGUGAAAGAGAAAAUACAUAAAGAAAGAGAAAGUAAAGAAAAGAAAAGAAAAGAAUAAGGAAAAAGGGGACCCUAGAGAAGUCACAGAGAAAGGAAGGAAAGAUAAUGAUAAUGAUGAUAAAAAGGGAACAAGGGUAACCAGGAGGAACUUCCCAAAAUUGUCAUCUGUAAAGGAUAAUCUAAUACGACCUUUACUCUCUCUAUUCAGUCUCAUAUUUCCACGUCGCUAUUCUUUCUGCUUCGGACAAACUGCUGCUUUUCCUCCUGAGUCUAAAAUGGAUUUCUUCUUUUGACAGGACUUUAGCUUUCACUUCAUGUCCGAGGAUUUUCAUUUCGUUUCGCGUCAGGUAGAGUGGAAGUAGAAAUUGCAAGGAGGUACAGUGUCUUUGGACGAAUAUAGAAAAUAUCUCUUUGUGGUCGGUCUUGUACAACGUGAUUGUAGAUGUGAUCGAAUCGGCUAUAAUAAGCGGACAAGAAUAUACCGUCAGUGAUCCGUAUAACAUUUUGGAAAAGAAGGAUAAAAGGAAAAGAAAAAGAAAAAAAAAAAGAGAAUAGAAGAAGAAUAGAAAACGAGAACUCAGUCUAACCACUCGACCCCCUGCCUUCUUCCCACAAUCCCAAAAAAACAUAUGACUCGAGCUUAACUUUCCACCGCUAAUCCAAACCCACACACACACACACACACCCUUCCCACUCCCUUCCCCCAUCCCACUCAGCCCUGCCCUCUCCUUCCUCCCCAUAACCCUACCCCUCUCCACCCUCUCUCCACCCUCUCUCCGUCCCUCUCCACCCUCCUCCACCGCUUCUUCGGGUCGUCUGCUAUGCGAACGCCAGAGCGGACGCCCCACUGAAGCGACCUCCUCGAAGUGCUCUGACAUGAUGGAUCUUCGGAAAGUUGGUGAAGGUUCGUGGCGCCAUCUGGCCCUGAUGACUGCGCUGCUGCUGUUUUUCUUGGCAGGUUCCUCGGCCCUCCGCAUCGACGACAUCGAAGUGCCGUCCCUGGUGCUGCCCAGCGACACCAUCCACCUCAAGUGCAUCUUCCACCUGGAGGAGGACCACCUGUACUCGGUGACCUGGUGGCGCGGGCAGAGGCAGUUCUACCAGUACAGCCCGACCACCGGCAAGGCGAAGUACGAAGACAAAGGAAUCACAGUUGACGAGAUGAGGUCGUCCAUGGAGACAGUGGUUCUGAGAAACGUUUCCUUAGCCACCUCAGGGACGUACAAAUGCGAGGUCGUGGCUGAGCGCACCUACGAGAAGGACUCAAAAUCUCAAGUCAUGGAGGUCGUAGACAUACCCGACCGCGUGCCCUUGUUGCGAGUGAGCAAAACCCAGUACUCAAAGGGAGAUGAACUCGUGGCCAACUGCACUUCGCCGGGGGCCAAACCCAAGCCGACAAUCCAGUGGUCAAUCAACGGAAAAGAGGUCCACGGCAUCUACGUGAGAGAGAUCACCGAAGGCCGCUCGAUGUUCGGCCUCUUCUCGCCGACGUCCGAACUGCGGCUGAUCCUUCGCCAGGACCACUUCGUCAACGGCCACGUGAACCUGACGUGCUCCUCCACCAUCUCGCACGUGUAUCAGGAGUACUCGCACGUCACCGUCACCAUGACGGGCUUCAAGACGGUGGCGCCCUCCCAGAAGCUCUACGGGGAAGGAUCCACGUUGGGCGUCAGCUUAUCCCUGGUCAUCACAUCCGUCAUACUCUUGAUGGUGAAGUAGUGAUUCGUCAGCGCCCCCGCCAGGACAGGACAUAUCGCUCCAGGACUCUUCCGCCGGCAGGACGCACUGCCCAAUCAAGACCAGCUUCUUGUUCCCCCGAGGCGUUGUGCUUGUCACGCCCUUGCUUCUCUGUACAGACUCGGCCGCGGUCCUCUCUGGCAUUUCCUCCCUCGCGUGGGUCCUGGAGGCUUCCGAGAGAGGGAUCCUGUUUAAUGGAAUAUAGGGUAUUCCGGUUUUACGUUAGGCUUAAAUGUACAUAAGACCGAAAAAAACACAGACGAUAUUUAUAGGACUCAUUAAAGUGGCUGAGGCAGGACGCUUUGUGAGAGGGAAUUAGCUGUUCCAAAUGAAUGGUCUCGCGUCACUAAUGAAAACAGAUACCUCGGCCUCCCAGUGCAAGACGUCGAGGCAGCAGCCCGAGCGACGGCGUUCUGGGGGCACGGCGGUGGCACUUGUUCCGACGAAUAUGCUCAAUUUUUCUCUCUCGUUGUCCACUUAUUUUCGAAACUGACCAGGCCAGACAUGCGUGGAGGGGGGUGGGGGGAGGGGGAAGGGGUGAAACGAAGGAGAGUCAAGGCUAUGUAUGAUAAGUUUCGGAAAUGGUUAGGGGUGUUGAGGCCGCUUGUGUACGGCAUUCUCUGUAACAUAGGAGUCGGUUAAAUGGUCGUUACGGCAGUCGAAUUUAGGUCCGUACUUAAGAAACUUUUCUCGGAACCCUAACUGUCGGAUCCGACGAAAAACUUCCAUGUGCCGGCUACAGUAAGACGAAUGCUGACCGUUGCACUCAAGAAUCGCCCCACACCAGGAACGGCGAUUCUCAUGCAACCGAUCACGAGAACGAAGCCUCGGUCCCUAUGCGUAGGGUUCAGAAAAAGGUCUCUUGGGUACGACUUUUGCCCCCAUUUUCAACCUCAAUUUUCUUGUAGCUCUGUCUUUAAGUUGGCAUAUUUCCUUAGCAUUGUAUAUCCCUUUAGAGCCCGCGCACACGAGACACCGUGGACUGCCACUUGCAAAUUGCCAAUGACAAGCAAAGGACACGCCGCUAAGGUGCCACUGUAUCCGAAAACCAGCUAGAAAUUAAUCAAAGCUCAAUUCUAUAAGUCACAAAUAUCAAUUUCAUAAUUUAUUAAACCAGUUCAUUAUAUAGCCACGGGUCUUUUAUAUCUAUCAUUCUAUGAUGUGUGAAUAUAAUCUUGUCACACAACGUGUAAUGCUGGCCUCUAUUCAUCCUCACAUGCUUUUGAUUUCCAACCGAUAUAUAUCAAAGCUAUGCUGCUUCACCUAUCCACUAGAGCGGCGGCUGAGUGGUGGUUAAAAUAGACCAAGUGGCCACUUUUCGAUGGCCGCCACUAAAAAGUGCCUCGUGUGCGGGGACCCAUAGAAAUACGUGCGUUCCUUUUUACACAGAUUUCUCUCUUUCUUUCUUUCUUUAUCUAC